AUGGAAUCAAUCUCUAUGAUGGGAAGUCCUAAGAACCUCAACGAAACUUUUCUACCAAAUGUUGCCAAUGGCAUCAAGGAUGCCAGUAAGAUCACAAUAGGCAUCAUUGGAAGUGGAGACUUUGCUAAGUCACUGACAAUUAGGCUUAUCAGAUGCGGGUACCACGUGGUUGUAGGAAGCAGAAACCCUAAACUUGCUGCUGAGUUCUUUCCCCAUGUGGUUGAUGUCACUCACCAUGAAGAUGCAGUAGCAAAAACAAACAUCAUUUUUGUAGCCAUACACAGAGAACAUUACGCCUCUUUGUGGGACCUCAAACAUUUACUCGCUGGUAAAAUUCUGAUUGAUGUCAGCAAUAAUACAAGAGUAGACCAAUAUCCGGACUCCAAUGCAGAGUAUUUGGCAUCACUUUUCCCAGAUUCCCUGAUUGUCAAAGGAUUCAAUGUUGUUUCAGCUUGGUCACUGCAGUUAGGACCAAAGGAUGCCAGCAGACAGGUCUAUAUAUGCAGUAACAAUGUUCAGGCUCGCCAUCAAGUUAUUGAGCUUGCCCGUCAGCUCAGUUUUAUUCCUAUUGAUUUGGGGGCAUUGUCAUCUUCAAGGGAGAUUGAAAACUUACCUCUGCGACUGUUCACACUGUGGAAGGGGCCUGUAGUGAUUGCCAUUAGCCUGGCAACAUUUUUCUUCAUCUAUUCCUUCGUCAGAGAUGUAAUCCAUCCAUACGUGAGAAAUCAGCAGGGUGACUUUUACAAGAUCCCCAUUGAGAUCGUGAACAAGACUCUACCAAUUGUUGCUAUAACUUUACUUUCUCUAGUGUAUUUAUCAGGACUUAUUGCAGCUGCUUACCAGCUUUACUAUGGUACUAAGUACAGGCGAUUUCCACCUUGGCUGGACAACUGGCUCCAGUGUCGAAAGCAGCUUGGACUGCUCAGUUUUUUCUUUGCAACAGUGCAUGUGGCAUACAGCCUCUGCUUACCUAUGAGGAGAUCGGAACGAUACUUGUUCCUCAAUAUGGCAUAUCAACAGGUUCAUGCAAAUGUUGAAAAUUCUUGGAAUGAGGAAGAAGUGUGGCGAAUUGAAAUGUAUAUCUCCUUUGGAAUAAUGAGUCUUGGAUUGCUUUCUUUGCUGGCAGUAACUUCCAUCCCUUCAGUAAACAGUGCCUUAAACUGGAGGGAGUUCAGUUUUAUUCAGUCUACACUUGGAUACAUUGCUCUGCUCAUAAGUACUUUCCAUGUACUGAUUUAUGGAUGGAAAAGAGCUUUUGAAGAAGAGUAUUACAGAUUUUAUACACCACCAAAUUUUGUUCUUGCGCUUGUUCUGCCUUCCAUUGUAAUUCUUGGUAAGAUCAUUUUACUUUUGCCAUGUGUAAGUAGGAAACUGAGGAGAAUUAGAAGAGGAUGGGAGAAAAGCCAUGUUAUAGAAGAAGCAAGUGGGUCUGUUCCACAUCUCUCCCCAGAAAGGAUAACUGUGAUGUGAUGGUAGACUAAUAUUUGUUAGCACCAUUGUAGAUGUUUGGGUUUGGGUUUUUUUGUCAUAAACUUGUAUUUUUAGGAGUUUAGUUAAACUAUGAGUAAAGUCACUGUGGACUUGCUUGGCAUAUAGUACAAGCUCUCAACCAAACUAUGAGAAAUUUAUAACUAGAAGACUACUACUUCAAAUAACUACAAAAAUAUUUUUGUUUUGAAUUACAGAGGGCAGAUGAUUAUGA